GUGUGAAGACAUCAGCCGUGAAACACGACACUGUUCUACCACAAUGAUCAGGAGACUGUUCGCUUUGUGUCUUCUUCGUGCAGUAUCUCUGAUUCAAACUUCAGAGAGUCCUCAACAGAUCUCCUGGACUGUGGCUGAAGUUGGUGGUUCUGUCAGUUUGUCAUGUCCACUCCCCAAAGACAUGAUAAGAUUUUUUGUCUGGUAUAAACAGACUCCUGGAUUUAUAACUGAAACAGUUGUUGAAGGAACGUACGGCAAAAUAACACUGAGGGCCCAAUUUAAUAAUUCACAGUUCAGACUGACUGAAGGAGUUGGCAACUAUUUUCUAACCAUCAACAAUGUCAGCAAAGAGGAUGAAGCGUCUUAUUUAUGUAUAAGUGUGGCAUAUGGAGACAUGAAGAUUAGCAGCACAUUUUUGGCUGUGAAUGAUUACAGGAUGAAAUCUUUCUCUGUGAAACAAAACCCAGAGACUGAAUCGGUCCAUCUGGGUUCCUCAGUAAACCUCCAGUGUUCACUUCUCUCCAAGAACAAAGGAAAAAGAAUUCAGUGUCCAGGUGAACGGACUGUGCACUGGUUCAGAGCUGCAUCAGGAGAACCUCAUCCAGGCUACAUUUACUCAGACGGACACACGAGUGCUGAGUGUGAAGAAAGGAGCUGCGUCUACAGUCUGUCCAAAACGAUACAGAACCCCUCUGAUUCUGGGACGUACUACUGUGCUGUGGUCACAUGUGGGAAGAUCCUGUUUGGACAAGGAACUACAAUACAGAUAAAACCCGAACCGGACCCAGUAGUCCUUGCACUCGGAGUGCUGUUGGCCUGCUGUAUGAUUAUGAUCGCUCUUCUUUUCUACAUCAGUAAAAGAAAAGUCUGCCAAGAUCACAAAGGUAAAUUCAUCAUAUGGACUUGAUAUAUUUUUUCAUGCACAGAAUGUUACUAUAAUUUUAUAUCCAUAAUCUUUAGUUGUACCUUU